AUGGUGAAUCGAGCGGAAAUCAACCGUCGCCGACAGGAAGAAAUCGAUAAAAACGAGGGAUUAAGCAUUCGAGAGAUCGGCGAAAGGAUGGAUAAGCUGUCUGGAGUCAAGAAGCGAGACUUGAAGUCGGCUGAGAGGAUUUCCGAGUUUAGCAUGGAACUUGCGAAUAUCUACUCGAAACUGAUUCUUGAAGACGUCAUCUACUCGUUCACAGCGGGUUUAGAGCAGAAGCUAUUCCGGCAGGCGUUUUAUAAGUCAAUCGAAUGUCUCCGGUCUGGCGCCAACUCUGCGUCUCCAGACGCUCGUCUAAUCCGGGCGGCAACUCAAAAGCUGCUCCUGAACGGAAUUGUGUUCUAUGAAACCCUGAUUUCCAAGUAUGAGCAACAAUUCCAGCUGACUCUUGCCGAUGUGCUGACGUGGCAAUCGGGAUUUCCGACGGAUGAGCAAUUGUGCUCCACUGCACUCGAUCUACCCGUUGGAAUUCAGAAAUUCGAGACGGCGACACAGAAAACUGCCAUCAAAUCUCUCUCCCGACACCUAAUCUCACUUGGAGACCUUCAUCGAUACAAAAGUUUGAUCGAUGGAUCGGAGAAUUACGAAAUCUCGAAAAGCUACUACCAGAAAUCGUCACAAUUAUGGCCGAGUACAGGACACCCGUACAAUCAGCUAGGAAUCGUCGUCUACUAUUCGAUGCUGUACCGUAGUGCACGACGUGCCCGUCUAGUGCCCGUCGACGUGCUGUCUAAACAACGACAGAAGCGCGUCAUCGACGAAUUCUUCUAUCUAUCUCGUGCUCUAGCGUGUUCCCACCCAUACGAAGCGGCCCGGGACCGUCUGAAGCAAAGACUAGAUGCGAUGAGAACGAAAAUCUCAAAAUAUCAGCCCGUUUUGGACAAGGAGUGCGGAAUUGUCAAGGAGCAGGGAAACGCGUUGAGAAAGUUGCAAAUGAUUCAGCAGAUCUGGAUUCAUCCGACAACCGAAUCAACGGAAUACGGUACUGGAGAGAAGGUGGUCGACGACGUGCUGUCUCAUUUCAUGACGCAUUCAAAGGCGAAACUUCACCGAAGAGCUGUGUCCUAUCUAUGCGACACUUUUGGUCUGUUAUUUACGAAAAUCGGCAUGGAACACUUUGAGAAUGUGUCUGAGAGAGCGUUCGGGUUACUGUAUGCAGCACUGGCAAAGGAGGAAAUCGAUUUUGAAGCAGAUCAGCUGGUGAAAUUGGCUGUCAUGUUCAUUUUUGUGGUUCAAACGAAUUUUGAAAAGGCAUCCACUUCAUCUGAAUCUACUUCCCAAAUUCAAAUUUCCGCGAACAACCUCUGCACCUAUUUCCACAUCCUUCUGGAGCACAUGCCACGUCAUCGGGACCUCAUCUUCCCGGCAAUCAACGUAAUUGCCACGUGGAUUCGACACGAUGCCACUGAAGAGAUUCUGAAGACGUUGGGACAUCAUCUGGAGACACUGACGUCGUCGAUUUUGCCGAACUUCCAGGAAUUUCCCGGAUUUCCAGAAGAUGGAAUUCCAGAAUUGUCUGAAAAUCAAGUGUACCCGGAAGCCGUCCUUCUGGCGAGCUUCUUCAAAAUUUUCGACGCCGUCCCGACGGCUGCCACGUCAUCUAGAAUCGAAAAUUUGAAUUUGGCGGUUGAGAAAUUCAGAAUUUUGGAAGCAAAAUCAGAAAAUUCUGAGGAGAAGACGUCGAAAAUUGAGAGGAAUUCAGAAGAGCCAAAAUCCCGAGAAAAAAUGAUCGAAGAGGAGCGAGAUAAAGGAAAGGGAACGAUUUUGAUCCACCCAGAAUACCUCAUUCCGGAUACCAAUGUCUUUGUUGGAGAACUACAACUUGUUAAGGAGAUUCUGGAGAUGGCACAAACUGCGAAGAAAUUUCAGAUUUUGGUGCCAACCAUAGUGCUCGACGAGCUGCAGAGCAUCUCGAAGCUAUCUCCAACCGACUCAAAAAGCCAAUCUGAGCAACACGACCCUGACCGAAUUUCCAAAGCAAAAAUGGCUGUAAAUUGGAUGAAAGAGCAGUCGAAACUGAAGACUCCGAAUCUCUACACUCUGACAACCACUGGAAAACGGCUGGCUUCGUUGUUACUAGCCGCUGAGGAUUUGAGUGGAAUCGGGAAAAUGACCAACGACGACAUGAUUCUGAACAGCGCCCUCCGCUGGUCAGAAUCCCUCCCACUUCCAUCCCAGACCUCCGUCCUUCAAAAAGAGGCAACAACAAUGAAUUGCGUUCUGAUCACCGGCGAUCGUGGUCUUACGAUCAAAGCCAUUGGCAACAAUCUACCGUGUCGAGGAAUCGCGAAUUUCGUUAAAUGGAUG